CGCCCUCGCGCUCGCGUCCCCUGCCUGCCUGCCGCCCCCUUGGCGCUGCGCUCGGGGCCUCCGGCCAACGCUGCCCCGCGGCCUGGCCGGCGCGCGCCCCCGCGCGCCCCCGCCCCGCCCGAGGCAGGGAGCCCGGAAGGCGAAGCGCAGCCCCGCACUCGGGGGCGGCCUCUGGGGAAACUGAGGCCGGCCUUGCGGGCUGCCGGAACGGGAGAGGAAGGAGGCGGCCUCUCCCCAGCCGGCAGGGAGCCUGAGCUCCAAGCCGCCAGCCCGCGAUUGGACCCGGUCUGGUGCAGUGAUGAAGGCAGCAGGCUGGAAACCGGAGACCGGGAGCUCUAGUCCCGCCUUAGGCACGAAGCCAGCUGGGUGGCCUUGGGCCAGCCCCUCCCUCUCAGCCCCAGGAAGGAGGCAACGGCAGGCAACCGCUUCGGAAAAACCUGGCUGAGAAAACCGCAGGGACUAGUCCAGGCAGUGGACGGGGUUUUUUUAAAAGUCCGCGCUUCAAGCGGCAAUUUCGCCAAGUGCCUGCUCUGCGGGCGUGGGACUACAGUUCCCAUAUUCCCUUGCCACCGGCUCGCUAGGGCUCAGGGCAAAGUUCCGGGGAAGCCCCGAAACGACUCGCUCUGUUUGUCUUUUUAAAAACUCUUAGCUUGGAUGUUUUUCUGCGGGGGGCGGGGUUGCCUAGAGGUAUUCUUUCUCUCAACUCUUGACUUGGGCGCUUCGGAGACCCGCUACUUAUAAUAGAAAAAGCCAUUCUGGGGAGGGGCAGAGAAAGGAAGGAAGGAAGGAAGGAAAGAAAGAUUGCUCCAACUAUCUUCACAUACUGAGUGCAAAGAAGUCACAAUGCCUGUUAGCAUGAAAGAUGUGAUGCAGCUUCUCUGCCACAUUUCUGAAGAGCGUAAAAUGAAGGCUGCCUUCAAGCACUCUGGACGAGGGGCCCUCGUGGUGGGAACAACUGCGUUCUUUGGAGGUUUGAUGGCAGGCCCACCUGGCCUUGCUGUGGGAGGUGCCAUUGGUGGCUUGCUUGGGGCCUGGAUGACCGCUGGACAGUUCAAGCCCAUUCCUCAGAUUAUCCUGGAACUGCCUCCUGCGGAGCAGCAACGGCUUUACGAAAACGCCUGUGCCAUUAUUCAGAAUCUGGACUGGACUGACACAGCCCAGCUGAUAGCCUUGGUCAUGUCCAACGGUGCCAUUCAAGAGAAAUUGCUUGGAAUGCUGACAGUCUAUAUCACUAAUGAGCUCAAAGCUGAAAUCCAGUAUGGAGAUUAGACUCAGAUGUGUAUUUAAGGGUGCUGUGCACACUUGGCUCCCUCCUGGCACCUUUGGCUGGUGUUUUAGAUCCCUUAAGGUCAUGGUUUUUACAGGAAGAACAAGAUGGCAGCCAUCCAUUUCUACCAUGACCCGAAAUAAUCUUUUUGGGAAAAUAUGCAAGGCAGACUUUGGCUUCCCCAUUUUGUUUUUUCAUAAUUAGUCCCUGCUUCAAUAACCAAGGGCAGAUUAGUCUGAGCCUCAAUGUUUGUUUCUUUUAAAAAGUAUUUAUGCCACCCAAACAACCCAUUGUGGUACUUGGAGUGCCAUGCUCAGUGAAUGUCUCUCAUCCAUCUGACCUUCUGAGCAGCAACAUCUGUAACAAAUCCCAGUGAUGCCAUUAAAGAAGUGCUACCAUUACAUACUUACAUCAUGGUGCACGGAUAUAAGUCACGGCAUUUGUGCAAUGAUGACAUCACCAUUUGCUUCCCUUCUAGCUGAUGUGCAUCAUUCUAACUGAAUAAUGGUGCACUGAACAGACGUUCUCCAAUAUGAACACUCAACCUUUCCUGGCCAGUUAGAAGUGUUGGAUCUAUGACCAAUUGUCCCACUCAAAUAUGUUCCUCAGGUCACUGAAGUAGAAAUCUGAUAUUGUUGGCUAGCUUAGCUGAUUGGCUGGAGGAAGAAAAAGGCUGGUGGUAAACAUAUCUUCAGGAUACCAAGUUGGAGAAACCUAAUGUAGAUAAUUGCACUGUGUUUGAACUACAUGGUGUCCUCUUGGCCACAAUAGAACAAUCAACAUCAAAUGACUUGGAAUUUGUCAGAUGGUGUCAGAUUCCCUAUCUCUGCUGUCGUGGGAUGUGUUUCUUUUUACCAUUCUGCCUUAAUUUUGAGAGGGUGAAGGAGUGAAAUGUUGAAGUCACAAGUUGCCAUCUUUAAAGUUCAGAGCAAAAACUGUAGCAGAUGUUUCAUCUUGGGUAUCUAUCCUGAAGAUAAAUUGAAAUAAAGCUGAAUUUUAAUGUGAA